CUACUGUAAGUUUUGUUUUCACAAUGAAAUCUGUGCCAGGGAAUGUGAAAAAAAUGACUGUUGAAUUAGAAUGACAAUAGUUCAACAGUAAUAAAAGCAAUCCCCUGUUUUUAUACAAUUCUAUCUUUUAAUAAAAACUCUGCAAAAGCGGCAGAAACUUGCUCAAUUUCAGAAUACAAAGAUAUGAAUGACGUCAACCGCUUCUAGCCAAUCGCGAAACGGGAGUUCCCUUCCUUCCAUCGGUUUUUUUUCACUUUAACCCCACUGUUCACGCUCGGUCUAAUGAUUAACAAAUCUAACACAUGCGUUGAGGAAAGAAGUCUUGGCUGAAAUCAUACAUCCUUAAUACAUAUCUGGUAGGAAUAAUUGGUUGAUUAAAAGUUUUAUCAAUCCUCAAUGAUGGAAUCGCCAGAUUUGCUCUCUGCGGCACUGGAUGAAUCUGGCAUUAAGCCUGAAAAUGAUCAAACUUUUAACGAAAAAGACUUUUCCUCUACUAAAUCUUUGCCUAAACAGUCACACCUAGAGCAAUAUAUGCAUCAGAUGCCACAAAUGUCAAAUCAUUGGCCUAAUAGUGGUGGAUUUCCUUUCAAUGCAGCUACCAUGAUGGAUUAUGCCAGGUUUCCAUUUAUGGAUAAGAGUAUGGCUAGUAUGAUGCGGCCUGAAAUGUUCAGUGCUGCUGCCAUGCAAAUGGCUUUACAAAGUCAAAUGAUGAAUGGAUUUCCAGGAAUGCCUUAUGGUUUAACAUCUAAAGAUAUAAAUCCUUAUUACAUGAAUGGCGAUCAUCUUCUUAGGCAGAUGAUGAUGACUGGUGGUACAAUGCAGCCUAGACCUGAGCAUGAAGAAGGUGAAGAUGAAGAGGAAGAGUUGGGACGGGCUGAAACCUAUGCUGAUUAUAUGCCCUCAAAGCUAAAAAUAGGCAUAAGACAUCCAGAUCCAGUUGUUGAAACAAGCUCGCUUUCUAGUGUUCAACCACCAGAUACAUGGUAUAAACUGAGCAUUCCUGAAGAAGUUAUUGAUAGAGGGUUGCUCUCUGCUUUGCAGUUAGAGGCAAUAACAUAUGCUUGUCAACAGCAUGAGACUAUCUUGCCUGAUGGAACAAGAGCUGGAUUUCUUAUUGGUGAUGGAGCUGGUGUGGGUAAAGGUCGAACUCUUGCUGGGGUAAUCUAUGAAAAUUACCUUCUUGGACGAAAACGAGCAAUAUGGUUGAGUGUUUCAAAUGACUUGAAAUAUGAUGCUGAAAGAGACUUAAAAGACAUAGGUGCUGGCAAGAUUGAAGUACACGCUUUAAAUAAAUUUAAAUAUGCGAAAAUAUCAUGUAAGGCUAAUGGCAGUGUUAAAAAAGGUGUUAUAUUUGCUACAUAUUCAUCUUUGAUUGGAGAAAGUCAGUCUGGAGGUAAAUACAAAACUCGCUUGAAGCAGCUUUUGCAUUGGUGUGGUGAUGAUUUUGAUGGCUGCAUCGUUUUUGAUGAAUGCCAUAAAGCUAAAAAUCUUUGUCCAGCUGGCUCUAGUAAACCCACAAAAACUGGUCUGACUGUCUUAGAUUUACAAAAUAAAUUACCAAAAGCCAGAGUAGUGUAUGCUAGUGCAACUGGUGCUUCUGAACCAAAAAAUAUGGCAUAUAUGACAAGACUUGGCUUGUGGGGUGAAGGUACUCCUUUCAAAGAGUUUAAUGAUUUUAUAUCUGUUGUUGAAAAGCGAGGUGUUGGAGCUAUGGAAUUAGUUGCAAUGGAUAUGAAGUUGAGAGGUUUAUACAUGGCGCGGCAGUUGAGUUUUGCUGGAGUAUCUUUCAAAAUAGAAGAAAUACCUUUAGCCCAAGAUUUUAUCAGUAUGUAUAAUGAAUCAGUUAAGAUUUGGGUUGAAGCUCGAGCAAAGUUUCAAGAAGCUGCUGAACUAAUGGAAGGUGAUCCACGAACAAAGAAAACUAUGUGGUGUCAGUUUUGGGCUUCUCAUCAACGAUUUUUUAAGUAUUUAUGCAUUGCUUCCAAAGUUAGGUAUGUUGUCCAAUUGUCUAGAGAAGCUGUAAAGAAUGGAAAAUGUGUUGUCAUAGGCUUACAAUCUACAGGCGAGGCUCGUACUUUAGAGCAGCUUGAAGAAGCUGGUGGAGAAUUAUCUGAUUUUGUUUCUACUGCGAAAGGUGUCUUCCAAUCUUUAGUUGAAAAACAGUUUCCUGCACCUGAUCAUAAAAAAACUAUGCGUCUAUUAGGUCUUGAUCUUCAACAAGCUGGAAGUAGUUCAGCAUCUCCAAGUGCAUCAACAUCUAGUGGAAAGCGUAAGCCUUUAAGACGUGCUAGACAAGGUGUUAAGCGCUAUCGAGAGUAUAAACUUUCGGACGAAAGUAGCUCUGCUGAAGAUUAUAUACCUAGUGGAGGUAGUGACUUCGAACCCUCUGGGGAUGAGUCUCCUGCUGUUGAGAGUGGUGAUGAUAAUGCAGGUUCAGGUUCUGACUCUGAGAGGGAAAGUGAUUUUAAUCCAUUUGACGAUGAAUCUGAUAGUGAUGGCCCUUGGGCAAAUCGCAAAAAAGCUAAAAAAGAUAAAGGUAAGAAAAGAAAAAAUAAGGGCAUUAUCAGUUCAAAGAAACAUAAGCAGCCUCCUAAACCACUCCCUCCCUUAGAUGCUGUUGAAAAGGCUUCUGCUAUGAAAGCCUCAUUAUUAGAAAAAAUUGAAAGAUUAGGUGAUUUGCUUCCACCCAAUACACUUGAUCAGUUAAUUGAUGAUUUAGGAGGGCCUGAAAAUGUAGCUGAAAUGACUGGAAGAAAAGGUCGUGUAGUUAGUAACGAUGGUACCAUACAAUAUGAAUCUCGGUCAGAAGCUGAUGCACCAUUAGAAACAUUAAAUAUGGUAGAAAAGCAGCGUUUCAUGGACGGAGAAAAGCACAUAGCUAUUAUAUCUGAAGCGGCCAGUUCUGGUAUAUCUUUGCAAUCUGACAGAAGAGUGAAAAAUCAAGCACGCCGAGUUCACAUAACUUUGGAAUUGCCUUGGAGUGCUGAUAAAGCCAUCCAACAAUUUGGUAGAACUCAUCGAUCCAACCAAGUUAAUGCACCUGAAUAUGUGUUUGUGAUUUCAGAUCUUGCUGGCGAAAGAAGAUUUGCAUCCAUUGUUGCUAAAAGACUUGAAAGCUUGGGUGCUUUAACUCACGGAGAUAGAAGAGCUACUGAAAGCAGAGAUUUGAGUCAAUUUAACAUUGAUACUAAGUAUGGAAGAACAGCAUUGGAGACAGCAAUGCGAGCAGUUAUGGAGUAUGAAGUACCCCUUGUUUCUCCACCAACUGAUUACAAAGGCAACUUCUUUUAUGAUGUACGUAAAUCAUUAGCUGGCGUUGCUAUGAUAACUGAAGAUCCUAUGAAUGGCUAUCAAUUCCUUGAAAAGGAUUACAAUAAUAUGAGUAAAUUUAUGAACAGGAUCUUAGGUCUUCCUGUUGAUCUCCAAAAUAGACUAUUCCAAUAUUUUACUGACACAUUAGAUGCUGUAAUAGCUCAGGCCAAAAAAGCUGGAAGAUAUGAUUUAGGUAUUCUUGAUUUAGGCACUGGUGGUGAUCAAGUAAAAAGAGAAAAAGUUGACAUGUUUAUGCAGAAGCAUGCAACUGGAAUAGCUAAAACAGAAUUACACACAGUUUUAGUGGAGAGAGGUUUGAGUUGGGAACAAGUUUUGGAGAAAAUAGAAGAUUGCUCUGAUAAAGACGAAGGCUUUUAUUUAUCAGCCCAGGCUAGAAAUAAUCGAAAAACUGCCAUAUUGGCGGUUGCUGAUACUGGUCGAACAAAGGGAGGGAAUAAAGGAAAAUUAUUCAGAGUAUACAGACCUAACACUGGACUUCAAGCAAAGCAAGAAACUUUAGACGAAUUAAAAUCAAAAUAUCACAAAUGUACUAAAAAAGAAGUAGAAGAGCAUUGGAAAGAAAACUAUGAACAAUCUGGAGAACUGUGUAGCCACAUGUACUGGUAUGGACAAUGUCGUAGACAGACAAUGGGUGUUAAGUGUGAAGUUGGUCUUCGAAAGAGAAGGUAUUUUGUUCUGAGUGGUUCUGUGCUUUCAGUUUGGACUAAAAUAGAAAGUAUCUUUCCUGUACACGGUGGUUCACAUAAUGCUAAAUUGCAAGUAGUUCGUCUGAAAACUGAAGAUUCUGCAAGAAUUGUCGGCUGUCUCAUCCCCAGCAAUGUGGUAGAGGUUUUAAAGAAGGUGCUGGCUGAAGAUGCUGCAGAAGUUGAUGAAAAGGAAUUUGACGAUGUUGAUGAAGACGAUGAAAAGGAUUAGUUUAACUCUUACUGAAUUGACUAAUGUGAUACUGGUGAGAUACAGGUGUAACACUACUAAAGAAGUGGCGUGUUUUUGGACACCUAAUUUAUUGUUGCACUGAAUAUAGAGACUGUUGAGCUGGCAUUGUUUUACCUUCUGUAUUGUAUAUUAAAAAUUUGACUAUGUAGUCAAUUCAUGUGAUUUCCAAGAAAAAAAAGAACAUUUUUGUAUUGUACUGUAUGUCUUGCAAGGUUCCUCAUCUUUGUUUUCUUGUAAUUUUAAGUUUUAAUUCAUUAGGAAAAAAUUGAAAUAUUCAUUGCUGCAUCAUCAUUUGCAAACUAAACUUUUUUUCCCCUUAAAUGUGCUCUGGUAAUAUAAAUAAUUUAUUACUUGCAUUUUAAGUUAAUUACAAUAUAUUUAGGCUAUGUUAUGUAAAAUAAUUUGAUUAUUAAUUUAUAUCUGUAGUUAGAUUUUUAAAACUUUUGCAAAAUCUGGCUUUGUAACUUAAAGUAAUUUUUUGUUUAUGCUUUUUGUGUUUUAUAUAGUAAAUUUUGUGUAAACUUAUAUAUAUAUUUUUUGCAUUUAUAUCUCUUGAGGGGGAAAAAUAAAAAUUAUUACCUGAUUGAAAGUUUUAUUUAGUUUAAUUAUUGUUCUAAAAUUCUACAUUAUGUAUAUAUUAUCAUGGAAAGGUUUUUAAAUCAUUUGUUUCUGAAUAUAAUUUAAUCUCAUCAGGCUUGUAAAAAUAUGUAUCAACUUAAUUGUGUCUUGUACUACUAUUCUAAAUUCAAAAAUUGAUUUGUUUUCAAACUCACUAUUUGAACAAAAAAAUUUAGUUUGAAUGCAAGUUUUGUACUUAAAAAAAUACCUUGUGUAUGAUAAGUUUUAUUUAUUAAAACAUUAAUUUACUAUGAGUGCAAAAGAAAUUUCGUUGGUAUUUGAAUAUUUGAUUGUUUAUAUUUAAAUAUAGAAAAGAAAUAUUUUAUUGCUCAGAAUGGAUUUUUUUUAAGAAUAUAUUUUAUGUAUUCUUUUAAACCUUCAAAACUAAAGUCUUAGUCAAUUUUUUUUCAAUUAAUAGAUUUUUUUUUAAAAAUUUGUUCUUUUUUGUUAUAUAUAUAUGUGUGUUUAUAUAUAUAUAUAUACAGGGUUUAAAGUUGUCCUUAAAUUCCUUAGAAAAAAGAAAGUGUCCUUAAUUUUCCUUGAUUAUUAAACAUAUAAAUUUUCAAUAAAUUUCCUGAAAUUUUUGUGAUUUUUCAAAUUUUUUUAAAAGUUAACAGGAAGUAAAUUUUUUUAAUUUUUAACCUAAGAAGUAAUUGGAAGCAAUUUCAAAUUCAAAAAUUAUGUUAUAUGCCAUGAAACGAAGUAAAUAACAAAAUGAACAACAAAGUCUCGUGAAGUACGAUAUUUAUCUCUACUCCCCUCUCUUCACUAUAUCUUACUCUGUAUUUCACUACUGCUUAACGAUUUUCCAUGAUAAGAUUAUUUAUUCCCCUUUUUUUCUUUUUUUCACUUAGUACAGGAUAAACUAAAACUUUAAGCAAUUGUAUAUCUGCAAAUCCAUAUUGCCCCUAUUAGAGAAUUGGCAUCCUUGAAUUGUCCUUAAGUUUUAUAUUUUGGACUUCCAGCCCUGAUAUAUAUAUAUAAUUAUUUUGAACAUGGAAUAUCUAAUUUUGAACUGUCUGAAUUACUUUUUACCCUAAGGGAAAAAAACAUAAUUGACUAAAUAAUAUCUCCUUUCAUUACAAAUUUAAAUAUAUUUUUUAAUUACUAAUACCUGCUUUAAAUAUUGUAUUAAAAUUGUUUGUUAAAUUUAUUAACUAAGUUUCAGUAACUUUUUUGAAUGCACAUAUUGUUUGUUAUUCUAUUUUGAGAACUUAUCAAUAAAUUUUGUUUCUACUUUUC